UUCUUUAUGAAGAAAGUGCGCUCGCAAGCAUAAACCAGUAGCGCUACACACAUGCAGAGAGCUCUUGGCCCCGCCGUGGACUCUGAGCACUUUUCUUCUGUCCGAUUAAUAGUAUGCGUUUCUAAACUUUUGAGUGAAGAGGACGGGUUUCUUUCCAUUUUUGCGCACGCGUAUUUUCACUGUAGAUUUCAUUUGACGGACUUACUGAUUGUAUAAAACGUCUUACCAAUAGUGCAAUUGUUGCAAAAGACUGCAUGAGAGAAUUGAGUUUUGUGACCCUUGGAUGUGGCCAAGAUAAAUAGAUCCAGAAAAGAAUGACCGCCGAAUCGCAUACAAACCUGGGUCUGCCGAAAAACCCCUUGGGUUAUGUCAGUGCGUUCGACUUGAUGAAGUUCGAUGUGAAGAAGGAGACAAUGCAGGGGAUCGACCGCUCAUUCUUUGGUCCGUGCAGCGAGCUCCAGAGACCGGACUCAGUCUCCUCCACCCCGGUCAGCACCCCUUGCAGUUCGGUGCCCUCAUCACCGAGUUAUAAUCCGGGUGAGCAGAGGAACCCUGAUGAUGAUCUUUACUGGACGCCCAGUAGUGGAGGUUAUUCUCAGCAAAUGUAUCCCAACACUUUUGGCCUGACACCUGAGGACGCAGUGGAGGCCCUCAUCGGUACCACAGUCCACGGGCACCAACCCUCUCCACACGAUCACCAACAGGCUCUCCAAUCGGAUUUCGAAGGGUACGGGGCGGCACAUAACCUCAACGGUCAUGCCCAGCAGUACCCUGGACUUAACCGUCAACCCGACGCCCUCUCGGGUCCCCCUGAUAUGCAAGAUAUGCACUGCCAAAAUCAAUAUAACCACAACAAGCACGACCUCGACUACUCGGCUCAGCACUCACCCGACUCGCAGCUAAGUGCGCACCACCUCCAUCAGCAGAAUCGCCACGAAAGACGACUCAACGUGGAGAGCGGCUUCUCCGAUGACCAGCUGGUGUCUAUGUCAGUGAGGGAGCUCAAUCGGCACUUGAGGGGUCUGACCAAGGACGACGUGAUGCGUCUGAAGCAGAAGCGCCGAACCCUGAAAAACCGCGGUUAUGCACAAUCCUGCCGCUACAAACGUGUUCAGCUGAAGCACGUUCUGGAGCAUGAGAAGACCAGCCUCGUCACACAGGUGGAGCAGUUAAAGAACGAGCUCAACCGGCUGGCACGCGAGAGGGACGCAUAUAAACUCAAAUGCGAGAAAUUGACUGGUUCUAAUGGUUACCAUGAAACUGGGUCUACCAGUGACAAUCCUUCCUCGCCCGAGUAUUUUAUGUGAGUUUAUUCUUUGUAACAGCCACAAAAUCUAUUUUACUGAUUUUUUUUUAUUGAUAUGCUUAUUUGUUUUAACAAUAUUAAUGAUUUCAUACUAGUUCUUGAUGCAAACCUAUCAUCUAAUUCAGCUUUUAAAGUUAUUACGAUAAUAAGUCAGAUUUGUAAUAUUAAUCUAUAAUCAAUCAUGCAUGCUGGACAUGUAUGGAACUGUCUAUUUAGUAGGCCUAAACUUGGCUGUUGUAGGCUACUUUGCCACACACACAUCUUCAUGAACAUACUUGAAAUAGUUCCUCUUACUUUUGUUAAAUUGAAUAACCAGUCUGAUUUAUGAAAUGACAUUACAUACGAGAAUUUGAAUAUUAAUUUUGUCUUCAUGUAUUCUACUAGGCCGACUCUCAAUCUUGUCUUACAUUGAUUCAUCCACCGAAACACUUGGAAAUGGUUUUACUUAUUUGUGUUCAGAUCUUCACUCAAGUGCUUUUCUGUGAUAAUUCUAUUCUAACAAAUAUAAUGCAUACAUGGUUGAUGAUGAUGUAUCUAUCUCAUUGUGCUGGACAUCCUUUUACUCACAUUGCAUUUUGAGGACCUGGUUCUGCUGGCCAGAUGUGGCUUAAAAUUGUGUUGUUUUUCUUUCACAGACACUUUUGUUAAUUGUUCAAGAAAAAGAGCUAGAUUUUUAACAAAUAUUAUUGAUUUAUUAUUGCCUGCAAAUGACCAUCAUUUUUUUGUUACCUAUCCAGCCAUGUUGAAAUCAUUUGUCAUCUGCUUUAGAUCAAUAAAGCCAUUAAUACUU